CAGCAGCAGAAGAAGAAGCGGCAGGAACCCUCAAAGAAGUAGACGAAGAAGACAUCACUCCUGUCAUGUAAUCAUAAUGUGACCAAGGUUAUCCCGAAGAUACUGAAGAAGAACAUGAGCUUCAUCUGAUAAAAGACAGAGCGCCAUCUCAUCUCGCCCAGGUCGCCAUGAGCGUCCCGUGUUUCUUGUCCUCCGCUGCCCGAAGCUUCAGCCUGCCGCGUCCGGCCGCCGGUCUGCUCUGCUGCCGGCUGCGGAGCUCCAGCUCCGUCACAAGUAGAAGGAAUAUGACUUCCAAAAGGCAAAUGGACCAUCUGGAGAGAACAGCGAGCAACUCCAGACAAUCUGCUCUGUAUCCAGCUCAAGUCUGUGGCAUCAUGAACGAGUCUGACUCGGUGAAACGUUUGAGAAUAGCUGUCCACCCAGACUUCAGCUUCAGAGCAGGACAGUGGGUGGAUUUCUUCAUCCCGGGCGUGGAGAAGGUGGGAGGAUUCUCCAUGUGCUCCAGCCCGGGUUUGCUGCAGAGGGAGGGUGUUGUCGAACUGGCCGUCAAAUACGCCAGACACCCCCCUGCACACUGGGUCCACACCGCGUGUACAGUGGGCUCCCAGGUGGCCAUGCGUGUUGGUGGGGAUUUCUUCUUUGACCCGUCGCCUUCUGACCCCUCUGUGGAUCUGCUGCUGGUAGCCGGCGGCGUAGGGAUCAAUCCCUUGUACUCCAUCCUGUUGCACACCACAGAUCUGCUACACCUCAGCCGGGCUUCUGGUGGGCGGGACUACAACAUCGGCUCUGCCCACCUCUACUACAGCGCCAAGAACACUCAGGAGCUGCUCUUCAAGAGCUCGAUCAUCGAGGCGUGUCGGGAGUUUCCUGACAAGUUGUCCUGUGACUUGCACGUCACGCAACAGAGCGCAGAUGUCGACCCACACCUCCAGCCAUUUGUCAGCUGUGGGAGAAUCACUGAGGAGGAGUUGAGGACUCACGUGGACCCUCAGAGGACUUUGUGCUUCCUGUGUGGCCCUCCGCCCAUGAUUGAAGCAAUUUCAAAAUCCCUCAUGGAUAUGGGCCUCACAAAAGACAGAAUCCUCUUCGAGAAGUGGUGGUAGAACCUCCUACGAUUCCCAGAAUCCUACAGGGUUGUACUCCUGGCUUGCACUCCUCUUUGCAGUCUUCAGGGGAGGGUGUAUGAGGUGUGGUGUGAAUGGAGAGCAACUGACAUACGGAGUAUUAUGGACAUUAGUGUGAGUGCUCAGAUGCUUGAAGAAGUUGACCCUCUGAUCCCGACUGCUGCAACCUGUGCCUGAUCCAUCAUAGACCACUGGGACCGCCCACUCUUCAGCUAGCAGCUGCCUCACAGACACAAUACAGAUGAGUUUUAUUCUUAUGAUUUAAAGAGGAAAACUGAACUAACAAUUCUGGAAAAAACACUGCUCAGCCAUGCUGAGUAAAACACAGAUCUUUAAGAUAAACACAUUGUGAAACAGCAGUUGCACAUCUUCAAAUCUCAUUUUCAGUUUAAACAUGCAGUGCUCUAAAUUAAUGAAUUAUAUCCAGUUUUAAUCCAACUUUUAAACAAUGUUUACGCACUAAUUUAUCUAUGCAGACAUGUUUAAGGUGCAAUAUGUGCGAAUUUUAGUUGAAAACGUAAAAAAAAAAAUUAACAACAACUUGCAACAGAAAGUAAAGUAAUAUCAUUUUUGUCCAUCAGAUAUCUAUAACCAGCUCGUCCUGGGCCUGAAUACCUCUUACUCCCUGCGGUCCAAAGCUCCUCUGCUAGCAGUGUUGACACCAACACUUCCCUAGUGGUCCAGCUAACUGAGCUAACAAGCUAACAGUAGCCACAGUCAUGGGUGUAUAAGUAGAAGACAGUUUGCAGCAGUUACACUGGUGAGGACUCUUGGAGUGUGAAUUCAAGGUGUCCAAUUCUCACAUAUUGCACCUUUUUAAAGCAAUAAUUUGACAUUUGGGGAAAUGUUAAUUUUGUUCCUUGCAAAAUCUUCGAUGAGAUGAUCACCACUACUCUUGUGCUUGUUUGCCAAACGUGAAGCUACAGCCAGUAGCUUAGCUAGUUCCCAAAGUAUAGUUAGAGCACCAGCUGCCUGACGUUUAUGUUUCACUUUAAGCCUUAACGUAAUUAAAUUGAGAUGUAUAAAAUUCUUCCUCUGUACGGUUGACACGUGUAGGGAAACUAGCAGUACCAAAACAGUGUUUUCUGCUUCUCAUAUCUGCUGUUAAGUUAGGGUUAAUUUUAAUAAUUGAAUUUUUAAAUUUGUAGUAAUUUCAGGCAACAUGUGGAUCGACUCACCUUUCGGAUCCAGCACCUCAAGGGCCAUUUGAAGAACUGCAGUCUCUGGCGUUUCUGCACUGGCUUUAUUUUUCAGCCCUAACUGGCUUCAGGCAGAACAUUUGAAACGAUCUUUAGCUCUUUAUUUAGUGGACAGAUGCGAGUGUGUUGUAGAUCAUCUUAUCAAACUCUCGGCAAGAAAGCAAAUGAGAGCAUUUCCUAAAAUGUCAAUCGCUUUAAAUCCUGUUGGAUCACAGACACAUUGAAGCUCAAUCUGUACUGUUAUUUUACAUUGUUUUAAGGACUGACUCAUUCUCUUCUAUCAAAAUACCUCUGCUACUUUUAAAUGAGUUCUUAGGUGUUAUACUAUGUGUUUAUAUACUUGGUGAAAUAACUCAGAGCUAUUUAUUUGCAGGACUGAGGAUUGCAGAGAUCGGGUUUUAACUUUGAGUUACAUUGGAGCAACUGUUUUUCACAUUUUACUCACAUGUAAACUUAACAAUCUCCCACAUCUUGGCCAGUGUCCCCGCCCAGUUUACUCACUCUCACACUGUUACAUGCAAACGCAGUGCAUCUCUCUCUCUCUCACACACACACACACACACUUCCACUCAAUCACA